UGUCUCACGAACUGUUCUCCGUUCCCCCGAUUCUCUGUCCCUCUUCGAAGGAAACGAAGAAAUAAUAAUUAAAUUAAAGAAAAGAGAGGAGGACAAGGAAGUUUCCAACGGAAUCUUCCCCUUUCCCAUAUCGAAACCCCUACCGCCUUCGAAUUCGAUCUGGGCUUAGGGUUAAGGUGUCGGGGAUCGCGGGUCUAGGGUUAGGGUUUCGGCAACGGCUAAUCCCUAGAUCUAAUUGGAAGUAGGGUUCGGGUUUCUUUGAUACCUGAUCUUGAUUUGGAUUUCUUAGAGAGGAAUCGAUGAACGAUCCGUCGCAGAUGAUGAACCGGAGCUUCGGUGUUUGGCAGCCGCCGCUACCGCCGCUGCCGCCGCCCACGGCGCUGGACGAUCCGAUGGGGUUUCAGAACCCCCGCCCCGUCUUCGCCGCUGGCGUCCCCGGGGUAGCCAAGCCCGGGAGGAUGAAUUGGAAGAGUAAGAAGGCAGCCGAUAAGCGGAAGAAGGCCGCGGCCGCCUCCGCUCCUGGCGCCGGUGGCCUGGGUGGUGUCGUCUCCGGCGGUGGUGGCGCCGGCGCCGGCGGAUCCGGGUACAAGCCUCCCGCGCUGAAGGAGCUCCAGUUCCAGAACCGCGUCAAGGCCCGGAGAUUCUACCCGAAGAAAAAGUUCACCCGAUUCGCCCCGUUUGCUCCUCGGAAUACCACCUCCUUCAUCAUCCGGGCCAAGAAAGCCGGCGGGAUCGCGUCGCUGGUGUCUCCGUGUCCGGUGACGCCGGCGAUCCUCCCGACGCCCAAGUUCUCGCCGAGCCGCGAGGGCCUGGUGGACAUGGCCAAGGAGGAGUGGGGUGUCGACGGGUACGGCUCCAUGAAGGGUCUCAUCCGCCUCCGCUCGCCGAGCUGCCACGAGAUCCGCCCCGCCGGCGCGGGCGACGAUGAGGAGGACAUGGACGACGGGUCGAGCGAGAGCGACGUCGAGGAGCACCUGGAGGUGGAGCGGAGGCUGGACCACGACCUCAGCCGGUUCGAGAUGGUGUACCCCGGCGAGGAGCACGCCGGCCCGGCGGCGUAUUCUCUCGAGAACCGGGUCGACGACCAGGACACCCACAUAGCGCAGCUGGAGGAGGAGAAUUUGACGCUGAAGGAGAGGCUCUUCUUGAUGGAGAGGGAAAUGGCGGACAUGAGGAGGAGGCUUCAGCUGCUGGAAGCCUGGUGCCGGGUCAGGGAGGAGAACAACAACAACAACAACAAUGGCAGCAAUGACAACAAUAUUGACGGCAGCAAUAAAAAUGAGAACGUCGCUAGCGAGGAGGCAGCCUCGGCAUCGGAGGAGAACGAGCGAGGCGGGGAUGUGUGCUCGGAGAAGAGCGCCGGGGAGCGCGAGGAGAGCCGCGGCGGCGGUGAAGGGACUCCGAUGAGGGACUGAAGGAAGGUUGGACUGGUACUUUGCUGUGUAAAUGUUAUCUUUCAUCUCAUGUGGAGGACUUAAAUCCUUCCUAUUAAAAUUUGUUUUUCUUUUUCUUAUGAUGGGUAGAAAGUUGUAGAAUCCUUCCUUUGGAUCAUAUGGAAAGGAUGUGAAGAAGAAACCUAAACAAUAGGCUGUAUCGUUUUGAAUGCUUCUGUUUUCAUUUUGCUUUGGUUUC